AUGUCGACAGAUGUGAACAUCAGAUUCAUGGAAAUGCCAGGAGUAUGGCAGAUUGAUGCUGCAUCGGGUCGGGAGAGGUAUGUGACAUUGGAAGGUAAACCGGGUCAUCCGGGUAAAUCGACAGUGAAGAACUGGUUUAAGAUUUUGCUGGUCAAUGCAUCGGAUCCAGCUUCAGCUUAUCGGAUCAGAUACUGCCCCGGUUUGUGCGAGUCGUGUCAUGUUACGUGUGGUGAUGUUGGAAUUAGGAAAGAAGAGGGGACAAGGUGGUUGUCAGUUUUGACAAGUGGAGAGUUCCCAUUCGUGUUCGUGAAGGCAAGGAGUAACAAUGAGGCUAACUACACUGUCAAGAGUUAUAGUAGCACGCACAAUGGUGUUAUAUAG